UUUGGGACACAGGAGUAGAGGGGUGGGUAUCUGUAUCUGCAAGGACGGGGUGAGAAUUACAGGGAGGAGGUGAGAUUACAUUUGCUAUAAAAAAGAAGGGAAUACCAAAUGAGAGAGAGAGAGCGGGAGAGAGAGAGAGGGAGAAGCAACCUAGUCCACACUCUGGAAACUCAGAAUCAGAGGAAGCCAAGAUGAAGUUUGUCAGCCUGAUUGUGAUGAUGUCACUACUUGGGACAAAAAUGGCUUUGACAUUCCACAGAAGUACCGGUGGCGAUGAUGCUCCAGUGUAUCUCCAGGAUGAGACUGCAGCGUGUGACAUGCCCAAAGCCUGUGACCUGAAGAAUUAUGAAGAAUGGUACAGGCUGGGCUCCUACUGCAUCAAGUACUUCAAGGCUGCCCUCAACUUCACCGAAGCCGAGACACAGUGCAGGUCUGCUGCCCCCGGUGGCCACCUGGUGUUGGUGCAUAACAGUCAAGCCAACGCCAACCUGCUUUGCGUGGUGAUGAAGAACAACGCCAAAAGCCCUCGCAUCUGGCUGGGAGGCUUCGAACUCUUCAAGUCUGGUAAGUUUGUGUGGACUGACGGCUCCAGCUGGAACUUUGAAGCGUGGACCCCUGGGGAGCCCAUCUCCCGCUGGACGAGCCGCGAGGACUGUGUGGAGAUGAACUGGAGCAAGCUACGUGUGCUCCUUCAAGAACAGAGUUUGAGGAUGAAUAUCUACGCUCACAUACUUAGUAUGAAGCAGCAAUGUAUUGGGCAUGCUUUCUCCAGUGGUGUGUUGGUAUAGACUGUGUGUCUGUCUGUGUAACACCAACCCAGUCCCCUGCUCCUCUCUCUUGGGUUGUGACCGAAAUGACACCCUGUUCCCUAUAGAGUGCACUACUUUUGACCAGAGCCCCACGGGCCCCCUGGUCAAAGUAGUGCACUAUAAAGGAUAGGGUGUCAUUUUGGACCCAUCCUGCUCCUUUCCGCAAUGAUCCCAACUCACAGAUCUCCCACGGUGAAACCAAACCACAUAGAGAUGUGCCUGCUUUUAGCAAACUGAAAAAUGCAUUUAAAAAAUACAUAUAAAUAAAGAGUGUUAAGCAAGUAAACAA